UCAUAGCCUGGCCCCUUCCUUCAGACGUCACUUCCGGCAGUGCGUUUUCCUUGCGUUCCGCAUUUAUUUCCUCCGUGAAACUCCCGGGCUGAACGGAUCGGGGCAACAUGAACGAGGCAGAAGUAAAUCCGAAGGCUUAUCCACUUGCAGACGCUCAACUCACCAAGACUCUCCUAGAUCUUGUGCAGCAAUCCUGUAACUACAAACAGUUACGCAGAGGUGCUAAUGAAGCCACUAAAACCUUGAACAGAGGAAUUUCUGAAUUCAUUGUAAUGGCUGCAGAUGCUGAGCCCCUUGAGAUCAUCCUUCACCUCCCACUACUUUGCGAAGACAAAAACGUGCCCUAUGUGUUUGUACGCUCCAGACAGGCCCUGGGACGGGCAUGUGGUGUUUCUCGGCCUGUCAUCGCUUGCUCCAUUACUAUCAAAGAAGGUUCACAGCUGAAGCCCCAAAUACAGUCUGUACAACAAGCCAUUGAAAGACUUUUGGUCUAGAUCUCUUGGGCCAGUCAUAUGAAACAAAAAUAAUUUGAAAUGUUUGUUUCACCAUUCUAUCCAAAUCUUGCUAUUUGUACAGUGCUUUUUAGUUUUUUAUUGUUUAGCAAAUAAAUAAAUAUUUUCCAUCUCUGUUGCUCAGUCAUACUGUUUCUUAGUUUUUUAACAAAAGAAUGCUCGGGCAAUUUAAAAUCAUCUCCGUGAAGGUAUGUCUAGUGGGAUUAAAUUAGGUUAAUUGUCCUUUUUGUCAAUGGAGAAAUUUUAUUUGGAGAUCAGUUGCUCAUUAACUACUUUGAGUUCUAAUAAAUAGAAAGCAUAUUUUUAUGGCUGACAUGAUGGCCCUCUGAAGAUAUUUUUAUUAUAUCCUCUGCUUUUAUGAACAAAUAUGGAAAAGACCAGUGUUUACCCUUGAUAAGAGUAUUGUAAGAAAUAAAUGGCAGUUUUACAA